AUGGCUCCGUCAAUUCGUGUUAUCGGUUCGCUGAACGUGGACAUGGUCUCGGUGACCCCCCGGUUCCCCGGCCCUGGAGAGACACUGACGGCAACAUCCUUCACGACCAGCCCAGGAGGCAAAGGAGCCAACCAAGCCGUUGCCUGUGGUCGUCUUUCUCGAUCCCGGCCUUCAUCCUCAUCGUCUUCGCCGACGGCUGUGCUGGCAAACGUCGAAAUGGUCGGUGCCGUCGGCCGGCUGGACGCACACUUCGGCACAUUGCUACAGCCUACACUCUCCAGCUCCGGCGUAAGCACGGAGCGAGUACGGACUAUAGAGGGGGAGCAUACGGGCGUAGCCGUGAUAAUUGUCGAUACCUCUGCGGCUGGGGAGAAUAGGAUAUUGUUCUCGCCGAAUGCAAACUACACCGGCAUGAAAGCUACAGAUGAAACCAUCGGACUGUCACUCUCCGAUCCCCUACCGGAUAUUAUUGUUCUACAAGCAGAAAUCCCGAUUGAUACGGUUACCGGUAUUCUGAGAGGGGUGGCGGAUAAGAAAAAGCUCCAUGGAGGAGACGUUGAAGUGGUUUUCAACCCAGCACCAGCACCGGAAGGCGGGCUACCUGAUGACGUAUACGCUUCUGUCGACCACUUAAUCAUGAACGAGACGGAAUGUGAGUUGAUGGUGCCCAAAAAGCUACAAGAGGGGGCCCUCUCCCAGGAAGAACGGAGGGAUAGAAUUGCCACUCACUUCCAUUCACUGGGCGUGAGGUAUGUGAUCGUCACUCUGGGAGCGAAAGGGGUAUGGUACAGCGCAGCUGAGCCUGGCAAGGUAGCUCAGCAAGAUACAAGCAAGUGGGUGAGAUACGUCAGCGAGGUUCCGGCCUCAAAGGUAGAUAAGGUCGUUGAUACUACCGCAGCGGGUGAUACCUUUGUUGGCGGAUACUCUGUUCAGAUUGCGCAGUGGAGAGAGCAAAGACGGGCUUCGGGAAAGACAUGUUCGGACCUCACGACGGAUGAAUGGAAAGAUAGAUACGGACGGAUUACGGAGGAAGCUGUCAGAUGGGGGACGAGGGCGUCGGCUCAGUGUGUCCAGAGGUCAGGGGCGAUGGACAGCAUCCCUUUCAGAGACGAGAUUUAG